AUGAGUUUCGUUCCCGUCGUCGCUGCCAUUCUGUGGAUCUCCGUCACUUCCCGACUAUGCGGUGCAGUUGAGAUUACGUUCACUCCACCUACGGAAUGCGGUGUCAUGAACAUCUCGUGGACAGGCGGGCAACCACCGUUUCAAUUCAACUUCGCCACGGUAAAUGGCAGUCAAGUCUCUCAAUCCGUGCCCUCCUUAGCAUUCGCAAGUGGCAAUGGUUUCUACCAGACACGGAUUCUGUACCCUUCCGGCACAUUGCUGUUAUUCAUCCUGCAGGACGCUACUGGUUUUCCAGCAGGUGGCACUUCGGGUUUGCUCAGCGUUGGACAGAAUAUAGAUGGUAUUGCCUGUUCGGCUAUGACAGAUACUCCCGACUUUGACUUCGCGUCGGACGAUAAUAUUCAGCAAUGCCAGCCUCUUAAAUUCUCUGGAUAUGAUGAGGGCACAACUCAACCUAUUACAGUCAUAGGUAUCAUGCCCGGGAACAAAGUCUUCGCUCUAAGCCCGCCAUUAGGAUCUACAUCGUUUGAGUGGACAGCUACUCUUCCCCGCUCCUCUACAGUAAUUCUCACCAUGGUGGAUGCUGCUGGCCGUAGAGGCAGGGUAACGGAGCUAAUAACUGUCGAGCAGACAAACGAUUCCGCCUGUCUUAGUGAGCCCUCAGCAAUCCUAAAUUCGACCGCCAGUGGACAUUUGUCUGGUCCCCCAAUGGAAUCACCAUCUGUCACUGGGCCAGGCCGCUCUUCUUCAGCGUUGUAUCCGUCUGCAACUCCCUCGCCGUCUUCAGCCGUCGCUCAUAGAACGCUCUCCCCCCGGGCGAUAGCUGGGAUUGCUGUCGCCGGCACCAUUGGUGCCUUUAUCCUCUUCGGAUGCUUAGUCCUCCCCUGUUUUCGGAUUCUCUUCAAGAAAAUGAGCCGCGACACCGAAGCGCUACGGAAACCCUCAGACAAAAUUGAAAAAGUCGAGAUCGCAGAGGUGAAAGAGCCUACCCCUCCCAAAGCGACAUCGCAGUACAAAAACCAACGGGAUGACACUCCUCUUAUCCCGAAAGUCGACCCGCGGCCCCCGCAAAAUGCGAACAUCGUUUGUAUUCACGAUGGAGGACCACAGGGACACUGGGAGAACUCAGAAUUUCCGUCAUGGCUACAGCGGGAAGUACCGCCUCAAGUCACCUUCCGAAAUACCAACAUUAUUCGACAACCGUCGCUCGGGGGUAAUUCUGUGGAAGACAAAACUCCCUCAAUAAUGGCUUCACUACCGAUCCAGCGCUCGAGCUUGAGGGCCCCAAACCCGAAGCCUCCAACAGAUAAUAGGUCUUUAGUGGAGAAGAGGCCUCACCCGCCUCGUAGCAAUCCGCCAAAUCCCCCUCUCACCGGACGAAAGCCAAGCGAACGACUGCGCAAAGCCCAAGUUGGGGAGUAUGCUGCUCCUCCCAGCUUAACAGCCCGCUUGCCUGUUGCACCGGGGCGUAACUCUCGCGGCGGGGUCAUUCAAAGAGCUCCACUUGGUGGAGGAAGCACGGCACAGAGGAGGUUCACAGCCCAUAAUGUUAUCCUGCCCAAACCGCUCGCACCGUUGAACGACCCGUUCCCCGGCACUCCAGUCAGGGCAGACAGAGCGACCAUAGGGGCAAGACAUCCAGGUGUCGGUCCUGUACCUGAAGCACCCAACCCGGCGCCCUUGCAAGGGUAUAGGCCUUGGGCCUCCCUAGCCCAGGUGGGUGCAGGAUUUGGGAGACCUGCACGACCUGCUGCAGCGCCCGGCCAAUCACGGGGAGCUGACUUGUGA